AUGGCGUCCCAGAAGCGCUCCUCACAGCGGCACGGCUCCAAGUACCUGGCGACGGCCAGCACCAUGGACCAAGUGCGCCACGGCUUCCUCCCGAGGCACAGGGACGCGGGCUUCUUCCACUCGCUGGGCCGCUUCUUUUCCGGUGACAGGGCUGUCCCCAAGAGGGGCUCUGGCAAGGUACCCUGGCUAAAGUCGGGCAGGAGCUCUUCUGUGCCUGCCUCUCCCCACAGCCCGCCGGGGCUGUGCAGCUUGUACAAGGACACACACCACGCGGCCAGGACUGGCCACUACGGCGCUCUGCCUCAGAAGUCCCAGCAUGGCCGGUCCCAGGAUGAGAACCCCGUCGUCCACUUUUUCAAGAACAUCGUGACGCCUCGUACACCACCUCCUUCACAAGGCAAGGGGAGAGGAUUGUCCCUCAGCAGAUUUAGCUGGGGAGCGGAGGGGCAGAAGCCGGGGUUUGGCUAUGGAGGCCGCGCGUCCGCCUCAGCGCACAAGGGCUUCAAGGCUGAUGCCCAGAGCACACUGUCCAGGAUCUUCAAGCUGGGAGGAAGGGAUAGUCGUUCUGGCUCCCCUAUGGCAAGACGCUGA